AUGGCGGAAAGGUUUUCAAAACUGUUAGCAGAAUGGUACAAGGAUGCGGGGAAAAGUGGCGACGCCUAUGCGACAUUACAGGAUGAAUUGAAGAAGAUGUUUGAAGAAUUAGGGAAGCGCAUAGAGAGCCCGCCUGACCCCCCAGGAGUGGCGAAAGCUUGUGGGGAUGUUACGGUAAAGUACGAGGCGGGGGGGGAGAAACAGGACAAAAAAAUAUGUAAAACUCUAUUAAAAACAAUAUAUUGGAUGAAUGGAAUAGAUGAAAAUGGUAAACCGGAGGUCGACGGCAGCCCACCGGAAGAGCGGUAUUUGAAACAGCACUUGAGGUGUAUAGUAGGUUACAGUGCUAUGGUAGAAAUCAUGAAGGUAAAGUGUGACGUGAAGGAUGUUAUGAAAGCUGUCCAGAGUGCAGUGGAGGAAAAAAUAAAGGUUGGGGGGAAUGAACUCCUUAAUAAUAAGUGCGGACCUAUUAAAUUAGAAGAUAUGAAAUUUAGUGCCCAAAUUUUAGGGAAAACUUUGGGAGAAUGGGUAAGACAAAUGAACGGAUUAAAAGGUAUGAUGAGUUUGUACCUCACUUGGAAAAUGUGCCCGUCGAACGUGACAUGGGAACAUGGAAAAAUAGAGGAAGGUGAAGAUGGAAAUAAGGACAUUCUUCAAUUGUUAGAAGAGAAAAAAGCCGGGGAGCUACACAAAAAAGUUUAUCCGCAGGGGAGUCCAACCUCCGCCCCUGGAGGUUCAACUUCAUCAGAGGACAUAUUAAAACAAGUCCUACAGAAAGCACAAUCAUGCUCAUCAGGAGCACAAAAUGGUAAAAUGGAAGACUGUCUAAAGGAAAAACUGGAAUUAGGAGUAG